AUGUGUCCCCUGCAGCGUCCCCGGCCAUCUCCUCCGGCUGAUGCCGGCAUCCGGCUUCUGUGUUCCGGUCCCUGUGACGUCGGGACGUAUGGGCGCCGCCGGCGGUGGAAAAUUUAAAAAUUUUUUAUAAAAUGUCAUUGCUGUUUCAAACCAUUUCACUUACAUUUUGUCCCGAGUGCUUUGUCCUGUCCCCUGUCUGCAUUUUGACUGUUCUUUCUGCCUGGAAACUUAGAAAAGUCCAUGGCGUCCAAAAAGUGUCCCUGUAGGUCAAAAUCGGUUUUAGACCGGCUAGAGAACAGCGAUAGUAAAUCAGAACCACUUGCAGAAUUGA